AUGGCAACCCUUCAAUUUACACCCUUAACUCUUUUCAGACAGAAGCACCCCACAACUAAGUUCCCUUCUUCUUCUCAGUUCAACACAAGGCCACGUCUUGGUUCAGGUUCACACCAAUCACCACCACUCACUUUCACUGUGAGGUCUUCUUACAAAGUAGUGAUUGAACAUGAAGGCAAGUCUACAGAGCUUGAAGUUGAACCUGAUGAGACCAUAUUGUCAAAGGCAUUGGAUUCUGGCUUAUCUGUGCCUCAUGAUUGCAAGCUUGGAGUUUGCAUGACUUGCCCUGCUCGUCUUAUCAGUGGCACAGUUGAUCAGAGUGAUGGAAUGCUCAGUGAUGAUGUUGUAGAGCGUGGUUAUGCACUCUUGUGUGCUUCUUACCCUCGUUCUGAUUGUCAUAUCAAGGUUAUCCCGGAGGAUGAGCUACUGUCAAUGCAGUUAGCCACAGCCAAUGACUAAUCUAGUUUUCAGUUUUGAUUGUAAUUCUCAUCUGUCAAUGGAAUUGAGUUUUUGAUUGUUUCUUAUAA